GCCAAACGGUUUGCUGAAUUGUAAAUAUACGUGAGAUUAUAUAGCACGUAUUAAUUAAUAUGCCUAAAUAACAUAAACUGUCGAUUAAAUUAAUCGGUAAAAAAUUAAAAACUCCAAUUCGACUUUAAUUUUCCAACAUGCGAUUUGCAUUAACUUCUUUUUUUUUUCAUUAAAUUUUUACAAUCAUAUAACACAAAAGUUUUAAAGAAAAGCGUUGAGCCAUAUAAACGCAACAAAAAGUAUAAUGCCUGAUUUUAUCAACAAAUUCAUAAAUAUUCGAUUGUAGAACCGGCAACAUUGCGCGUAGCAGAAAGCAACACGCGCGCCGGUGCAAAAUAAACCUUUCCGGGCGAGACAGUCAAAAAAAAAAAAACUACAAAAUCCCAGCAAAUGGAAACUACCUGAAGACCCGCCGACCAGUAUUUUCCGCCGAAUCAUCGGAAACCCGUUGAACCUAUAUACACCAUAACGUAAAUUCCAAUCCCGCAAUAGUCGUGAGGAAACCAUGCAAAAAGGAAAAAUGGCUGGUACCGUCUGGACUGAGGAAGAAAUCGGCCGAAAAUGGGACCGCUGCUUCGCCGACGCAGUCUUUAAAUUAGGGGGUGGCAUUUUCCUUGGAUCCGUCGUCUCGCUGCUUUUCUUCAGGAGAAAGUGGCCAAUUAUAACAGGAGCUGGUUUUGGUUUGGGAAUGGCGUAUUCAAAUUGUGAAAAAGACAUUAAUUCCACAAUCACCCAGACAAAAAAGCCACAGAGCAGUAAGCCAUCAGGAGAUAAAGCAGCUAAACAAUAGGUCAAAAGGCAAAGACUUCUUCGUUAAAUCAAGAUUGCUAGUUGAAUUUGUAUUUAUGAUGGCAAGAAGGUCGUCACUGUAAAAAUGCAGAAAUUAUCACAGUGUACAUACAUAAUUUUAAUCAUCAUUUAAGAUGUAACUUGAAACAAGCGAAUAAAAUCACUUUCUUUUAAGCUA